AUGGUCAGACUAAAAACACGGUACAUAUUGUUCCAGCUGCGGUAUCCGCAGGAGGUGGACGAAACAGGAGUGGGCGGCAGAGGACUGCCGUGCGACGUUCCGACGGAGUCCACGAGCACGCUUUCUGCACGGACGUUGGCGUCAACGUUGAGGUUGUCGAUGACGAAGAACUUCGGGGACGAGGCGCUUGCAGACACGCUGACGUCGUUUGUGGUGAAGUACUUCUCGAACAAGACGUCGACAGGGAUUCUGCGGGUGCACAGGGACGCGGUGGAGCGGGUGCUGGCGGCGAUGUUCUUUGUGCAGACGGUGGAGGGUCGUGACGUGAUCUGGGAGUCGGUGGGAGUGAGUGGGAGUAUCAGCAAAUGCGAGAAGCGGGCGAUCACGCGGAACCGGCGGGUGAUCCGGGAGCUGAGGCGGGCUGGGGGUACGGAGGCGGAGGUGGACAUGGCGGAGGCGAUGUUGGAGAACUUGCGGGGGGCCGGCGCAGAGGACGACGAGUUGUGA